CAACCUUUUUGAUGGUUAUUUCCCUUUCUAGAAUUUCUUUUCAGCGCUGUUCAUACUGAUAUAUAGUCCAUUACGGACGGAAUCAUGGAGAUGGAGAAGCAUAUUUUGAUGAAAUAGAACUAAUCAAAACGAGGUUAUGGCCGAAGACAGCGAAGAUUUCAUGCAGGAGGGUGAGGGUGAGGUCGAAAACCCCAAAUCAGAUGAUAAACCCGCAACCGCUACUUCGCUGGCGAUAUCCUUUCCGUCCUUCUCCGUCAAUCUCUGGCCGCCGUCUCAGCGCACGCGCGACGCCAUCAUCAACAACCGCAUCGAGGAUCUUUCCACUCCGUCCAUUAUUUCCGAGGACUACGGAACCCUACCAUCCGAGGAGGCCUCCGCUGUCGCUCGUCGCAUCGAGCAGGAGGCCUUCGAUAUUGCCUCCACGUACGUAUCGCCACCUUCUGCUCCCAAAGCUGUCGAGUUCAUCUCCACUGAGGCGGUCGUGGACAAAUGGAUGGAGAUCCACAAGAUCUAUUCCAAGGAAAUGUGCCGAAGGAUGAUCCAAUACUUGAAAGCUAAGGUUUCCUCUGUUUCUCUGACUCCCGUUGAGGCCAAUGCUGCUCCCGCAGCAGAAUAUAGUGGAAAUGCAUCCGACUCUGUUCCGAAGCACACCGAACCGACUGGUGAGGACAUCGCUUCCGGGGAGUCUGAGCCAGCGGUUGCUUGAGAUUGAGCUGGAUCGACUUAUCAUGGUACCAUUUUAUUCAUUUCUCGGAUUUGAUGGAUUUCUAUUCGUAUGGGCAUCUAUCUGUGUGGCUUGAUGUUUGAUGUAGUAUCUUAUAUAUUAGAUUAUGUUAUGUUUGCACCUCUCUUUCGAACCGCAUUAUUAAAAUGGCGAAGAUAGUGCUUUCCUAGAAGCCUAUCAGAACGCUAUAUUUGUGUGU